AUGAAGAUGGGAUUACAACAAUAGGUAGUAUAUCUCUAUCUCAAUCAGAAUAGAGUACUUCAGUAAAGUAUAGUUUAAGUCCUUAGUGUUAAUAGAAGAUAAUUACAGAAAAUAAAUGUGAUAAUUCAUUUUCAAAAGCUCUCUGUAUGUAAUUAAAAAAUGAAGGCUGUAUUUUUGAUUUAAAUCAAGGAGGUUGUAUAUAAUUAAAAAAUAAUGAACAUAAGAUACCAAAUUGCUAAAGCAUAUCAAAUAAUUGUCAUAUAAGUUAAAGUAGUAAUGCUAUUUGUUAAAGUGCAAAAAAAUAAUCAGACAAUUAGUGUUUGAGUUUUCAAUCAAAUCAAUAAAUUUGUUAAAAUCUAGAUGAUUAAUCCUUUAAUUACUAUUGUGAUAACAUUUAAUAAGAUGAUUAACCAAUUUUAUGUGCAAAAGCUUAAGAUAUUUGUAGAUUUGAUGGAGUAAAAUGUGUUAAUACAAUAGUUGAUCCAUGUUAAUGUGAUAAAAGUUAUAGUAAAUAAUUAUGUGAAAAAUGUGGUUGUGAUUUUAUGUUUUUAGGUUAUUGUUAAUAAUAAAAAGAAUUAGCUCCUUAAAUAAAUGAAGAUUGCUCAAAUAAAUAUUAUUUAUGUUAUGAAGUUACAGAAUUUGUAUUUAAUAAUAAAUAAAAAGUUUGUGGUUUAGUUGAUUAAGCUUGUAAAUUUACAAAUAAAUGUGAAGAUGCAACUCAUUCUACUUGUAAGGAAUUAAUAGGACUUGUUGUAUCUUAAUAAGCAUGUAUUAGAUGUUAAGGUUAAGGAAUGAUAUAUGAUAGUAUAAAUCAAUUAUGUAUACCUUUAAUUGAAAAUAUAAAUGAAUGUGAAAAUUUAAAUAAAUAAGGUUGUUUAUAAAAUACAAGAAAUAUUAAAUGUAAAUGGAAUAAAAUUAAAUGUUUAAAAUGUAAUUAAUAUAAAUAUGAAUGUUAAAAUAUUUAAAAUAUAGAAUAAACAGAUAAAUUAGAUUGUUCUAUUUUAAAUUAUGAUAGUUGUAAUUAAGAAUAAUAAAAUAAAUGUUGGUUUAAUAUAGAAACAUAAUUAUGUAUAAAAUAUAAUCCAUUAAAAGGACAAUGUAAUACACUUAAAAAUAAAUCAAUAUGUAAUUUAUCAAUGGUUUAAUCAUGUAUAUGGAAUGGUAAUAUUUGUUAAAUAUCAUUAUAACAUUAAUAAUGUGAAGGUUUAAAUAAAUUUGGAUGUUUAAAUUUUUAAUAUAAACCUUGUCUUUGGUCUUAACUUAAUUAAACAUGUAAAUAAGCUAAUUUAAAUGAUUAAAUUAAUAAUUGUAAUUAAUUUGACAAUUAUGAAAUGAAUGCUUUAACUUGUACAUAAAUUAAUACUUAAAACAAAUAAAGUUGUAUAUUAGGUAAAAAUUAUAAAUGCAGAUAAAUUAUAGAAUCUAUAUUAUAUGAUUGUGAAACUGCUGGAUUAAAUUAAUAAGCUUGUAUUCUAAAAACUAAGAAUUCAUGUGCAUUCAAAAAUAAUAAAUGUAUUUCCUUUCAAAAUUAAAAUGAAGGUUGUUAACCUUAUUUAAACGAAGAAGCCUGUUUAAAUUAACAAUAGAUUUGCAAAUUUAAAAAUGAACAAUGUUCAGAUCUUAAUUUUUCUAAUUUUAAUUAAUUGCUUGCACUUGAUGAUGCAACUUACUCAGGCAGAGUUUGUUAAUUCAUUGAUCUGUAAAUUGGGUAUAUUUAUAGUUAAAUGUAAAAAAGAUGCAUUAAGGUUGAUAAUUUAAAAACAAAAUUGACAAAUUGUUUAUCUCCUGGUAUCAAUUAAUAUGCUUGUUUAAAUUAAAUAGAAUCUUUUUGUGAAUUCAAAUAGAAUAAAUGUUAGUAUUUUAAUAAAGAAUAAUUAAAUCAAUGUUUUAAUACAUUAAAUAAAUUUGCUUGCACUUAAGCUGAUAAAAUAUUAUGUAAAUAUUAAAAUAAUUAAUGUUAUGAAUUUAGUUAAACUGAUGAAUUUGAUUGUAAAUCAUCUUAAUUUAAUAAUUCUUAAGUGAAUCAAAAAAUAUGUUCUUCAGAUAUAAAAAAUCCAUGCUUUUAUGAUUCUAAAACAAAGUUAUGCAGUUUAAUCGAAAAUUCUCUUAUAUAAUAAAAAUGUGAAGGAUUAAAUAAAUAGGCUUGCAUCUUUAAUUCAGACCAGUUACUGUGUGAAUUUAUUGAAAGUGAAAAAAAAUGUUAGGGUUCUUAUGGAACUUCUUUUUGUGAAGAUUUAGUUAACAAAAAUAAAUGUUUAGCAAUCACAACAAAAAGAUAAUAUUGUUAAUUCAGCCAAACGUAAGGAUGCUAUAAAAUUGAUGAACUUUAAAUUUUAAAUAAUUGUGAGACCGACAUCCAAAUUAAUCCAAUUACUUGCUCUAAAACUAAUGAUAUUGCAUGCUUUUAUGAUAAAAAAUAAAAAAAAUGCAAGGAAUAUAAAUAGUUAGGGGAAGAAGAUAGUCAUGUUACAAAUUCUGAAAAUUUUACUUAUUAAAAUUAUUAACUAUCGAAUAUCGAUUCCUUUAACAAAAAAACAUGUGUAUAAUUUAAUUAGUCAUUUUCAUUGAAGGACUCUUAACUAAUUAAAAAAAAUGUGCUUCUCUUUUGGAAAGAAGGCUGUUUUGAGGUGAAAAGCAUUUAAUUAUUCUAUUUAAGAUGUGAUGAUAAUUUAAACAGAAAUACUUGUGUAAGUAUCAAAACUCCAUUAUAAUAUUGUUAAUAUAUAAAUGAUAAAUGUAUUAAUGCUAAAUUAGAUGAUUUUAUAACAUAAAACUGUGAUUCAAUAAAAAAUAUCAACUCAGGUAUUUUCUGUGCUCAAACUACUAAAGUUCCUUGCUAAUUCAAUUAAUUCUAGUAUAAGUGUGAAACUGUUAAAUAAAAUAUGAUUGAAUGUGUUGAGAAAAAUCCUGAAUAAAAAGGAUAUAAUGAAAGUGCUUGCAGUUUAGAUAGUGAGAAAUGUAUUUUUAAUGAUUAAUGUUAUAAAGUUAACAAAUAAAAAUUACAAUUUUGUGAAAAUGCUUUAGAUUUAGCAUAAUGUUCAUAAGUUUAAAUAGAUGGAUGUUAAAUUUAUUAAAAUAAUUGUGUAAAAAUUUAAGAUACAGAUUAUUCGAAACUCAAAUGUGAAGAAGCUAUUAAUCUAAUAGGAUGUGUAAAUAUUUAAACUGAAGGAUAAUAUUGUUAAUUUGUAGGAUCAAAAUGUGUUUCUCAUAAUCUAUUUUAAAUGUAAAGUACAGAAUGUUAAAGAUUAACAAAUGUAAAUCACUAUAUUUUUUGUGAGUAUCCUAAAGAUGUAGGAUGUAUUUAUGAUUUUUAUUCUAAAUCAUGUAAAAUCGUAUCUUAAUAUUAAUAUAUAAGUUGUCAAAGAGGUAUUAAUAAAAUAGCAUGUUUACAAUAAACAGAUAAAAAUCUUAAAUGUUAAUUUUAUUAAUAUUGUUAGGAUUUCGAUUCUGGAAUCUACAAUUGUAAAUUGUCUAAUUAAAACCUAUGUUGUAAGUUAGCCGAUUCAAAAGAAAAUUGUCUAUCUUAAAAUAUUUAUAAAUGUUAGUGGUUUGAUAAUGAUUGCUAAAGUUAUCCAUCUAAUCAAAAAAAUAAAUGUGAUGAUAUUUACUACUCAAGCUUAUUGGUUUGUACUUCUAUUUAGGAUAAUUUCUGUAUUUAUGAUAAAGAUAAUCAUAAAUGCAAAUCUAUAGAUCCAAUUUCUUGUGAAUAAUUGUAAUCAUCUAGUUAAUGUAGCAGAAUGAGUACUUUACCUUGCAUUUGGAAUGAUAAUCAAUAAUAGUGUAUAUAUCUAGAAAAUUAAGAUUUAAAUGAUUUAAACUCAAAUAUAGCUUCAGUUUAAUUGAGUUGUGAAGAUAUAAAAGUAUAAUCUGGAAGUUAAAGAGCUUGUAUGAAUAUUGAUUAACAAGGAUAAAUGUGUAUUUUUAUUGAUAAUAAAUGUUAAACCUUCAAAUAGAGUGAAAAUGUCAAUAAUUGCUUAGAUAAUAUUAAUAUAAAUUCAUGUUUAUAAUAAACUAUAAGUGAUUGUUUUUGGGAUCUACAAUUAGUUAAGGGAAUAAAAUCUUUAGAAGAAGAUGAAUAUAAUGUAUAUUAUGGAAAAUGCAUUAACUUUGAGAAUUUUGAUUAAAUAGGUUGUAAUACUUAACUUAGUUAUACAUCUUGUUUGAAAAUUGAGAAGGAAGGUGCGUAUUGCAUUUGGAAAAAUUAAUAAUGUUAAAAUAUUGAUACCGAUCAUAACAUUGUUUAUGAUCCUUUGUCUUUAUUAUAGAUUAAUUCAAAUGUUUGUAAUUUAAUUAAUAAUGGAGACAUUGUAUAAUAUGAUAAAAAUAUAAACUAAUGUGUUAUUAUUCGUGAUUUUUUAACUAUAUCAUGUUUAACUGAGGGAUUAAAUAAGAAAGCUUGCCUAAAUAUUAAAUUUUAAGAUUGUCUUUGGGAUUCAACAUAAAGAAAAUGCAAAAGAUAGAAACCAAGUUAAAAAUAAAAUUCUUGUAAAAUAUAAAAUUUUUCUUCUUAUUUAUGUGCAUAAAUUCAAUUAGAGGAACCAUGUGGAUUUAUUAAAGGUGGAUGUGAUUAUGUGAAUUUAGAUUAAGUUAAAUGCAAUUAAGAUGGAUUAAAUAAAUAUGCUUGUCUGAAUAUAAUAUAAUACCCUUGCAUUUGGAUUAAAAAUGAAUCUGAUGAAAAUUAUCAUUGUGAAGACUUUAUCCCAUCUACUCCUUGUGAUUAAAUACCAUAGAAUAUUAAUUCUAAAGUUUGCUCUAUUGUUACAGAUGGUCCAUGUUUUUAUAAUGAAUAUAACUUAAAAUGUGAAGUACCCAAUUAAGAUCAAAUUAACUGUGCAUUAUCAGGAUUAAACAGUAUUGGAUGCGUAUAAAUUGAAAACUGCUUUUUCGAUCAAAAAUGUUAAUUAUUGAAUAAGCACCUUUAUAAAUGCGAUGAUUUUCCAGUAGCUAAUAAAUUAAUUUGUAAAAAUGCUAUAGAUUCUUGUAAAUAUAAUGAAAUUCAGUAUGGAUGUUCAUCAACUUAUGAGGAACUAUGUUCAAAUGAUUCACUAAGUGAUAAUGCUUGCUUAACUUCACCUCAUUGCAUACUUUUACCAUAAGGUUGUUAAUGCAGAUAAUUUGUUGAGACUUAUGAUUGCAAUUUUAUUACAGAAUAAAAAAAAUGCUAAUAAUAGAGUCAUUGCAUAUUUGAAUAAAAUAAUCAAUAAUGCAGAUUAGUAGCUUGCAAAGAUUUUAAUUUUAAUGAAUGUGAAGGUAAAACUAUUUUAAACACAUUUUGUUAUUCGAGUAAUUAAUAAUGUUUACCAGCUUCAAAAUGUUAGGAAAUAAUUAAUCCAUAAUAAGAUUGUUAGAAGUACUAAUUUAAUAAUAGGCCUUGCUAAAUGAUAAAUAAUAAAGAAAAGUGUGAAUAGUUUGAAUGUGAAAAAUUUGAUAAAGACCUUUGUAGAAAAUAUCAAUAAUAUUGUAAAUUUGAAGAAGUCUGCAAAACGAAAUAAUGCUAGGAUCUAACUUAUUAAUAUUGUACUUAGAACAAAUGUGAUUGGAAUAAAAAAGAAGAUAUUUGUGAAGACUAAAUUGAAUGCUAAUCAAUACUUGAUCAAAUUCUUUGCAAUCAGAAGAAAUUUAAUAAUAAAUAGUGCUUAUGGAUUGAAAAGAAUAAUCGUCAAUUUUGUAUAUAAGAUGGUUGUCAUAAAUUAUAAGAAUUUUAAUAUUGUUCAGGAUCCUAAGUUGCUAAUGAAACUUGUGUUGAAUUAAGCAAUGCAACUUGUGUUUCAUGUGAAGAAAUUUUUGAUCCAUGUGAAUGUUUAAAUUAGCCUAAUUAUUGCUAUUAUGAUAUAAAUAAUAGUAAAUGUGCAUCAAAAAAAUGUGAAUCUUAUUCUACUGAAGAUGAAUGUCCAUUUGAAUUUUGUAUAUUUAUAUAAUAGGUAAAUAUUUUAAAUAUACUAAGUCGUGUUAAAUGAAAUGUGAAACUAAUAACGAAAAAUUUGAUUGUUAAAAUAUUGAUAAAUGUGAAUGGAUAGAAGAAGAGGGUAGGUGUAAAAUCAAAUGUUAAAAUAUCACCUAAUAUUAAUAAUGUAAAGAUAAUCAAUGUUUUUGGGAUGAUGUUUAAUAGUUAUGCAAAGACUUUUAAUAUUAAACUCCAAAAAUUGAGUUUGGAGCAGAAAUAAUAUUUCCAACUUUUGCCAUUAUAGGUUUAAUUCUAUUUUGA